ACCCGGUUUCGGGCCUGGCAGUCACAUUUUGCCAACGUCGCGACGCACUGCUGCCGACGUAGUUGAAGAAGAGAACAAAAGGACCGAAGAAGAAGAGGAAAAGGAGAAGAAAGAGUCUCCUCGGGAACUUUAAGACACCGACUCGAAAAACUUUGGGAUUUCGCCUCCCUUCAGGAUAUCAAAGAUGGAAAAGCGCGUGCUUUUUCGCCAUUUUCUGCCAUUUCUGACCCUGGUGACCUUGAGCUGGGCACAAUUCCGAUGUCCGGAGCCCAAGGGCUUCUUUGCCGAUCCGGAACAGUGCGAUCUUUAUUACUCUUGCGUGGACAAUCAACCCGAGGAAAAACUUUGCAAGGACGGACUCGUCUUCAGGGAUGAUAAUCCUAAGAAAGAACUCUGCGAUAUACCGGCGAACGUGCCUUGCGGCGAUCGUACACUUUUACAGGAACCGCAUCCUAGCAAGGACUGUCCACGCGCAAACGGCAUCUUCAGCCACGAGGAUCCGACCUCGUGCGAUCGCUUCGUUAACUGCAUCGAUGGAGUAGCGCAGACAGUACCCUGCCCACCCGGUCUGAUCUAUGAGUCCAAAAUGUCAAGCUGUGUCUGGCCGGUAGACGCCACUCGCUUGUGCGAGAACGUGAAACGCGACGUCCUGGAUGACGGUUUCGUCUGUCCGGACGGCGACGUCGCCGGACCGUCUGGCAGGAUUCUGCCGCAUCCCACGUAUCCACAUCCCGAGGAUUGCGCCAAAUUCUACAUCUGCAAGAAUGGUGUGGUGCCGCAGAAGGGUCAAUGCGAACCCGGCACUGUGUAUAACGAGGAGAUCUUCAGGUGCACCGAUCCGGAAAACGUGCAAGGAUGCGAGGAUUAUUACAAGCGGAAGAACUGAACGAGAGAUGGCGUCAUAAUUAAUUGCAGCUACAUGUGUAACGAUCAUCCUUUUAAAUGGACAAUAAAUGCGUGUGAUAUGCACGAUUACGUAAAA